CACAAAUGGGUUGUGGUUGGGGGGAGGGGGUGGGCGGCUGGGGAGCUCAGAGGCAGGUCUGGAGCAGCCCCGGCCCCCCUCCCUCCCGGGCCCCCCUGCUGGGCUCCAUUUCCUGUGUCAGAAGCCCGGUGACGGGAGGCUCCCCCAGCCUCCCACGUGCCUGGUCAGCAUCCUGCUCCCAGCUCCGGCCCCUCUGCCUGGCGGACCUCCAGGUUGCGGUGGAGCGUGCCAGGGCGGCGGUGGCGCCGCUGCAGGGGACGCCAUGGCCGUGGAUGUGGCAGAAUACCACCUGAGCGUCAUCAGGAGCCCCCCCGGCUGGGAGGUGGGCGUCUACGCCGCAGGGGCCCUGGCACUGCUGGGCAUCGCAGCCGUGAGCCUGUGGAAACUCUGGACAUCAGGAAGCUUCCCCAGUCCCUCCCCGUUCCCAAACUACGACUACAGGUACCUUCAGCAGAAGUACGGCGAGACCUACGCGGAGGCCAGGCAGAAGAGAACUCCUGCCUGGACUGCCCGGCGGGCCAGCAUGCGGGAACCCCCCAGCCGCAAGGGCAGCCUCAGCAUUGAGGACACCUUCGAAAGCAUCAGCGACCUGGGGCCCCUGGAGCUGAUGGGCCGGGAGCUGGACCUGGCCCCCUACGGGACCCUCCGGAAGUCCCAGUCGGCCGACUCCCUGAACUCCAUCUCCUCCGUGAGCAACACCUUUGGGCAGGACUUCACGCUGGGCCAGGUGGAGGUGAGCAUGGACUACGCCGCUACCUCGCACACCCUCCACGUGGCCGUGCUGCAGGGCAAGGACCUCCUGGAGCGAGAGGAGGCCACCUUCGAGUCCUGCUUCAUGCGCGUCAGCCUGCUGCCCGACGAGCAGAUCGUGGGCAUUUCCCGGAUCCAGAGGAAUGCCUACUCCAUCUUCUUCGACGAGAAGUUCUCCAUCCCCCUGGACCCCACGGCCCUGGAGGAGAAGAGCCUGCGGUUUUCCGUGUUUGGCAUCGACGAGGACGAGCGGAAUGUCAGCACGGGGGUGGUGGAGCUGAAGCUCUCUGUGCUUGACCUCCCUCUGCAGCCCUUCAGCGGCUGGCUCUACCUGCAGGACCAAAACAAGGCCGCCGAUGCUGUGGGCGAGAUCCUGCUGUCCCUCAGCUACCUCCCCACGGCCGAGCGCCUCACCGUGGUCGUGGUGAAGGCCAAGAACCUCAUCUGGGCCAAUGACAAGACCACAGCGGACCCCUUCGUCAAGGUGUACCUGCUGCAGGACGGGAGGAAGAUGAGCAAAAAGAAGACGGCCGUGAAGAGGGAUGACCCCAACCCAGUGUUCAACGAGGCCAUGAUCUUCUCUGUGCCAGCCAUCGUGCUCCAGGACCUGUCUCUCCGCGUGACGGUGGCCGAGAGCGGCAGUGACGGCCGCGGGGACAACGUCGGCCAUGUCAUCAUCGGGCCGUCGGCCAGCGGCAUGGGCACCACACACUGGAACCAGAUGCUGGCCACACUGCGCAGGCCCGUGUCCAUGUGGCACCCCGUCCGGCGAAACUAGCGCCCGAGGCGGGGCUGGGGUGGGUGCUGGAGCGGCGUGGGGCCUGGCACGAACUCAGCUCUGUCCGACGCACUUCUCCAAGGUCCAGCUGGGGCCAGGGACCCUAGGGCCACCUGGCAGAGUCCCCGAGGGCCAUCUUGGUCCUCGGCCCAGUCUGCAGUGGAGGGAGUGGGCUUGGCUCUAGGUCCGGGGAUGGAGGAUCCUCUCCCACUGACGAACCAGCCACAGCCGUGCCAGGACCCAGGGACACUGCCGAGGGGAGAGCCGGGCGCUGGCCAAUUCUGCUCGCAUCUCAAGGUCCCCGACAGGUCUGUCCCUCAGGCUGGGAUUGGGACUUAGCCUCUCAAAACUGGUGAACACCCCCAUCCCACCUCCUGGGAGGCCGACCACCAAGCUGGGCCACGCACAGGAAUCGGGUGAACCCUGAGGCCAGGCAGGGGUGAUACGAAUGCGGCACAGCCCUGCCACCAAGGGGUGUUGGGAGAUGAGACCUCCCGGGUGAUUUGCUCCAUGCCGAAUGGUGGCCCAGCCGUGCAGACUCGGGGAGCGCCCAGGGGCUGGGGUGGGGGUGGGUGGUGAAGACCUGGACGAGGUGGGAGCUGUGCUUUGAGGGUCCCAGGCAGGAGGUACAGCCUGAGAAUGUGGCAGGGAGAUGCCAGGGCCCGGGCUGGAGGGCGGGAGCAGGAAGGGCACAGCCCGAGCAGGGGCAGUGUGGAGGGACAGGCCCGGUGGCUCUGGGUAGGGCCCUUUGGCUGCAGCAAGAUGGGCAGUUGAGGGUGAUCAGGAGAGAAGGGUGGCUGGAGGGGUGACCGCGGAGGCCUUGGAUGCCAGGCUCUGGGGCAGGGGUCACAGCGCUAGAACACUGGGGUCCUGGGCUCCCUAUGAACAGCACCUGAGAUGGGGAUUCUUGGGUAAGUGGUUUAUUGGGGGAGAAACUCAUAAGGGAGAGAGGAGAGCAGACUGGGCAGGGGAAGAACCAAGCCAAUGGUGGCUUCUGGAAAAUUCUAUCCUUGGCCUGAGCACACCGGGAGCUCUGGAGUGUGAAUGGCCCCACAGUGGUCCUGCUCAGAAGCCAAGGGGCCGGGCUUGGCCCCCUCACGUCAGUCGGUCUCUGGCUACCCCCCCACACACACACCCCCCACAGUUGCAGGGUCGGGGGACGUGUGUGCUCCUCCCAGAUGUGCCACUGGAGGCAGCUCCCACCAGCCAAGGGCAGUGCCCUGAGAAGUGGGUGGCUGUGCACCCUGACUAGGGAAUGGGCAUGCCUGCCUGGCAUCUGCUCUGUGGAUCCACCCACAGGUGUGGGUGCCAGACCUGGCCAGUUACCCCCAAUGCCACGGGGCACUGGCUACAGCAGGGACCCAGGGUGGGUGUACGGCUGCAGGCAGGGCCAUGGCUCUCCCUAACACAGCCGAAGUCUGGCCCUGAGGCCAGGCUGUCCACCCGAGGGCUGGCACUCAGGGGGUCUGCUCAGGGGUCUCAGGGGACACAGCAGGUCGAGGCUUUGCAGCCUCAGAGCCCGGGCUCCCUCCUAACCUGAUGACUGUGCAGUGUGGCCGCCAGCACCCGCCCUCUUCCUUCCCCUCUUUCCCUCCUCCAAGUGCAUGAAGGAGUUGAGCAGGGUGGGGGAGACCGGGGGUUGCCGAUUGGAAUGACUCCAGAACCAAAAUAAAGCCGGGCCUGGAAGGA